AUGUUUUCUGCGACUCUCCUCCUCACUGCGCUCUGCGUCCUUGCGCACAUGGGCACUUUGACGCACGGCUGCCAGCUGCCCUCCGAGUGGCGGCCGCUGAGCGAGGGCUGCCGGGCGGAGCUGGCGGAGAUCAUCGUGUACGCCCGAGUCCUGGCUCUCCACCGGGAGCCCGUGGGCGGCGGGGAGGGCAGCAUGUACAACUCGCUGUCCUUCGGGUUCGGGUACGGCUACGAGGGCGCAGAGGAAGGGCUGCUGUACUCGGCCGAGGUGGAGCUGCUGUGCGACCAGGCUUGGGGCAGCAUGCUGGAGGUACCCACCGGGUCCAGGCUCAACCUGACUGGGCUGGGGUACCUGUCCUGCCAGUCCCACACGGUGAUGGAGAACUACUCCUACUUCUUCUUCCUCAGGUGUGGCUGCUUCAGCAUUUCCAUUAAGGGACUGGAAAUGAUACUUUUCCUCCUCAAAUCUCCUCCUGUCCAUGUCUCCUCCAGGAUGGACGAGAACUACCACAUCCUCCCCCACGGCGUCAACUUCCAGGACGCCAUCUUCCCGGACACCUCUGAGAACAGGCGCACGUUCUCCAGCCUCUUCCAGUUCUCCAACUGCACCCAAGGGAGCCAGCCGUUCCACACCUUCAGCCCUGAGUGGGACACCCAGGAGGACAACAGGCUGAUGUGCUCCUCGGUGCAGGGGGCCCUGUUUGAAGAGGAGGAGCGAGGCCGGAAGCUGCAGGAGCGCCUCUCCGGGGCGGAGAGGAGGAACCGGCAGCUGAAGGAGCGCGUUCGCAAGGUGAAGCGCUCCCUGAGGAACGCCCGCAAGGCCACGCGCAAGGCCGAGCAGGAGGUGCAGGAGCUGCAGGAGAAGCUGAAGGCCGUGGAGCGGAGGGAGGGGCACCACCUCAACGCCAUCACGCAGGAGGAGCCCUCACCGGGGCGUUAUGCGAGCACAGCGAUGCGCCAGCGGAUGCAGCUUUAA